UAAGCAUCCUCCUCCUGGUAUUGCUUGUGUUUAUGCUGAAAAAAAUGGAGGUGAGAGAUCAUAUGAUCUAAUAACUGUAUUGAUGAGGUAUAGAGUGGUGGUAAUCAAGCAUGCAGUAAAGACUACUCUUGUAAAGGAACUUUUUUUGACAGUGAAUAUUCUUUUGAAGAAGGAAGGAUGGUUUGAAGAUAUGGAUGGAUUUCCAAAUUUUUCUAUAGACAGUUGAUUCCUUUAUCACUAAAAUGUAAAUCUUAUGUAAACAAAAACUGGCUGUUCUCUUGUGGUAAGUUUAUAUUUUUAAGAGGGUGGCAAUUUCAGCCUGGCCCUUUUCUCCUUUGUUGUUUAAAAUUUUUCAUCAAAGGUGUUAAUUACAGAAAUGUUAGGUGGCUAAGCAAGCAAAGGCAUAGGUUAAAAAAGAAAUCUACAUGGCAAGAGCAGGAAAUGGGAAAGCCACCUUUUUUCUGGCAGCUGAGUGUUGUGUUGUUCCAAAGUAUCAUAGCAACUGUACAACCAAACCAGUCUACUUGCUUACAGAAUUUUAAGUGUAGUAAGACUAAUUUGACAAUAGAUGAAACAAUCUGUCAGCUACUAUAAAGUACAGAGUAAUCAGUUGAACACUAUUGCUGUCCUGUCUGCUCAUAUGAGAUAAAAACACCCUAUCACAGAAUAAAAAUACUUAAUUUUCCCACCUUGUUUAGAAUUCAGAUGAAAACCUUAUCUUACAGUUGCCCCCCACUCUGCUUUAUUUGUAUCAGGGAAUCAGACAUUCCUUUGAAAGUCCAUUAAGUGAAAUAGACUUUCAGAGAAUAGUGUUUUUAUUCCAGUCCUUCAAUUUGGUUGAGAAGAGGUAAUCAAAGUGGGGACAGGAAAAAAGGUGGCAACUAAAUUUACAGAAGAAAUCAUUACCUUAUAGCUAUGAGAACAGUCAUAAAAUAAGGCUUGCUAGGUGAGGUAAUGGCUGCCUCAUUUCUAACUGGUAAUUCAUGAUUUGGCCACUAACUUGCUAAGAGGAUCAUAAGAAAUUAAGACAAUGUAUAUCUGUAAAUCUUACUUCUGCCAUGACAACUCAUGGUAGAUAAGAGGUCUGGGGAAGGGGAGUGUUUUUUUGCUCCCAGUAAUUUUUUUUUUAAAUAUAGAUUUACAUCAGGUUUUCAUGGAGAAAUUUUUUUAUGGAAUACAGAAAAGGGAUCUAUUUGAUGUCUAUCCUCAGAUAUACUGGCAGUUUUCCUUUAUUCAGUUCCUCAUCUGUUGCUUUUACAUUUUGUAUACUGCAGGUUCCCAAGCAACUCAAAUUUGCAAACACAGCUAUGGAUACACUAUUUGCUUUAUAGUCACUAGGAAUCUAAGUCUCUGGUUUCUGUUAUUCUACCCUCCUCUACAUUGUUUGAUCAUAUAUAACUAGCAACAUUUAUGGUUAUAGGUUGAUUUACAAGUUCUUUGUAAGUUUGUGGGUGAUAGUUUGAAGCUAGGGAAGAAUGAGUGGUGAAGAACUGAUCACUUUGAACGUGGGAGGGAAGAUAUUUACAACAAGGUUUUCUACAAUGAAGCAGUUUCCUGCCUCUCGGUUGGCACGAAUGUUAGAUGGCAGAGACCAAGAAUUCAAGAUGGUUGGUAGCCAUAUUUUUGUGGACAGAGAUGGUGUUUUAUUUAGUUUCAUCUUAGAUUUUUUGAGAACUCACCAGCUUUUAUUACCCACUAACUUUUCAGACUAUCUGAGGCUUCAGAGAGAAGCUCUUUUUUAUGAACUUGAUUCUCUGGUUGAUCUCUUAAACCAACACCUGCUACAGCCAAGACCUGUUCUUGUGGAGGUACAUUUCCUAAGCCGGAACACUCAAGCUUUUUUCAGGGUGUUUGGCUCUUGCAGCAAAACAAUUGAGAUGCUAACUGGGAGGAUUACAGUGUUUAUAGAGCAACCUUCAGCACGAACCUGGAGUAGUAACUCUUUCCCUCCUCAGAUGACUUUACUUCCACUGCCUCCACAAAGACCUUCUUACCAUGACCUGGUUUUCCAGUGCGGCUCUGAUAGGACUACUGAUAAUCAAACUGCAGUCAGGUAUGUUUCUAUAAAACCUGAUAACCGAAAAUUGGCUAAUGGAACAAAUGUCCUCGGCUUACUGAUUGACACUUUAUUAAAAGAAGGCUUUCAUCUGGUCAGCACCAGAACAGUAUCCUCUGAAGACAAAACUGAAUGCUAUAGCUUUGAAAGGAUAAAAAGCCCUGAAGCACUCACCAUGAACAAACACUGCAACCAGAGACUACCAUCAUGCCAGAGCAAUCUCAGAAAAUGAAAUGAAGUUGUCUGUUCUCUUU